UCUUGCCGCUGAUCGGGUAAUCGGCCUGCUGCUGGAGGCACUUACACUCACAUCAACCACCAGCAUCCGCACAGAUGUGAUCGAUCCUCGCAGAUAGCCGCGUGCCUAGAGAGAGAUGACGCUCACGACGCCAAAUCUGAGAGUGAGAGUGGACGAACGAAGGUUGGCAAAGGUGAGCUUGGGCUUUCUCGUCGUCGCGACGGUCGUCCUGCAAGGCGCCUUCGCCAGGAUGCGCUCCUGGUAUAGCCAACACGAACCGCUCGUUGUGGCCAGGUGCGAGGUGAGGUGUUGGAACGAUGAUGACAGAAACGCUUGCGUCAAGGACUGUCUAAGUAAAGGAAUACCAAAACCAGGAUUCUGUCCUGAUAAAAAUACCCAUCACCUACCAUUUUCCGGAAAUUGCGUCAAAAAUUGCGAAAAGGACUCUCAAUGUGGUGGAGUUGCAAAAUGCUGCCCGCAUGGAUGUGGAACCACGUGUCAAAUGUUAGUAAACUUGGACUUUGUUGAAGGUCUUCCAGAGACUCCUAAAGAGCCCAAAGUCAUCGAAGGUCGCCGAAAACGAACCGUUCACAUCGAAUGGACUCCUGUUGAUCUUGCACCCGAACCGGGAAGACAGCUUUAUCUUAUAGAAGAACGACAUCAUGCUGGGAAGUACUAUAACUCCAACCUGCUCACUAACUGGAAUCCUUGUUCCAAGUCGUUCAGAUCUAACAGACUACUGAAGCAUUUCGUGAAACCUGGAAGGUGGUACCAGUUCCGAAUAGCGGCUAUCAACGAAAAUGGGACGAGGGGAUUCUCCGAGAGUUCGUUGCCCUUCAGGGUCUCAGCAAAUCCUAAGCCUCCACAAGCUCCCCAAAACGUGACUGUCGGUCCUCUGGUUAAGACAAACGGCAGCUUGAACGUAUUGUUGGAAUGGACUCCUCCCAUUUCUGACUUACCAAUAGAAAGGUACAAAGUGUUCUGGAGCAGAAGGCUGCAAGGAGCCAAGGCGUUGGAUUCUGUACUUGUACAACAACAAGUACUACCCAAGGAUACCACUCAUUUUUUGAUCCAAGGUCUUCAACCGAAUUCACAGUAUUUUCUACAAGUACAAGGUCUUCUUCAAUACGGAAAAGAAAGGCUAAAAGGAGAAAAAUCCGGCUUGGUACUUAAUACCACAGAUUUUGUAAACGAAAAAGAUAACACACUAGAUUUAGAACGAACCAAUUCCAACAGAAUAGAAGGGCUUCGAUUGCUGAGAAUUACAUGGAACAAAGGGAAUCUGAAAGCUAGGAUAGUAUGGAAUCCUUCAGAAGAAUAUGCGAAAUAUACCGUCACUUGGUGGUCCACGCCGUGCGAUGGCAGGAUAAAUACGUUCAAGCAUUUUAAAGUUGCUGCUAUGACUAAGGCUACAUACUUCGAUCUUUUCGAUCUACAGUUUAACUGUCGCUACAAAGUCAGCGUUAAAAAAGUCUCCGCCGAGCAAGUGAAAUCUUCUCAUGACACUUUUGUGACAUUUACCACUCCGAAGUGUAAAGAUUUCAAAAAGAAUCGUAAACGAAUGAGGUGUACGUGAAGCCAGACUGAUUUUAAAUGUUUAAAUAAUAUAUUGUGAUAACUAUUUGAUGUACCUAUAAAGACUUUGUUCAUAGAAAUGUUAAUUUAUCUUUGUAAUAAAGAUUUUUGAUAUUA